UAGAUACGUCCGCAGCUCAAAUGCACUUACCAACUUGAAUUCGAUUUUAUCACAAACGUAUUACCUAAUGGUAUUAUGAUAAACUUUUUUUUGUAUUUUCAAGUUGUUGUUUUGUAUUUUCAUAAAUGUAAAAGCAACGCUUUGUCUGUUUGCAUGACAAUUAUGACUUUUCACGAUUGAAACAUCUAAACCAAGGCUCAAACCAGGAAAUCCAUCCCUGAUCAAAUAUCCCUCGCGGACAUAGUCGCCGGCAAACCUGUUAUUAUAAAAUGGGAACAUGUAAUCCAGAUCAGAUACGAAACGUUGUCAUGCUUCAAUAAUCGUUAAACAUUCAUUUAUUAAUUGCAUAAUACCGACAACUUAGGUACUCCGAUUAGAAAAUAAUUUGUCACGCAACUGCGAUCGAUAAAAUAGAUCAUAUCUUGUCAUGCCUCAUUUUGUUCAGUAACUUUGUAUGUUUGUGACAGUGGGGUUAAUUUUGUGAUACAUGACCUAUUCUAGUGAAAAAUGUAAACAAUGAAGGUGUACCCUGGCGUCUAUCAGAGGAAUGGAUCAAAAACUGAGAAGGAGAAACAUGACAACGGUAUUUCUCUCUUUGCAACGAGCUUACGGCACCAGACUACGGAAUUUUUCAACAAUUCUUCUCUUCAUGGCGUCCGGUAUAUUGCUGAGAAGGAUCGACCAUUUUGUGAAAAAUUUAUGUGGUUCAGUUUCUGCGCGGUAGGAGCGGUGACCACUUGCAUAAUCAUUGUCAGUUUAUGGGAGAAAUUCCAGACUAACCCGACGAUAACAGGUUUGGACACGGAUUUUCACAAUUGGGAAGUGCCUUUCCCAGCGGUCACAAUUUGCGAUCUUAAUCCGGUUGACGAAGAAUUACUGCAACAAUACAUUAACACGACAUGGGGAGACACUCCACCCUCACACGCGGCAGAGAUGCUCCGCUGGCUCGCGACCCUCAGCUACCACACGAUAGUGGAGCGCGCUAAAGAGUUCGCGAUCGACCCGGAGCUCGUCGGCCGAGGCUCCGAGGUGAUGUCCUCACCAGCCGCGGACCCGAAGAAGGCUGUGUAUAGCAUUGUUCGUCAUCCUGAUUCUCUGUUCUACGAGUGUGAAUGGAAGGGUGAUUCUGAGGAAUGCUAUGAUCUGCUAGCGCCGGUCUUCACCGAGAUGGGAUUCUGUUAUGCCUUCAAUUCGCGGCACGCCGACACUUCUUGGCCAUGGCAAUCUCAAACCGAGUCGGAACCCUUCGCAGAGGCGUUUAUUCACGAGACAGACGCCAAAUGGUCCUUCCUUUUCAACUCAUAUCGCAAUGACACCAUAAUUGACAUUUAUAUCCACGCAACCGAAGAGAUGGCGGGCCUAGAGCAAAGCGCCCAACAUUCCUGGGACCGUCGCGUAGAAAAAGUUUCCUUCUCCGUGAAACACACGUAUACGACGGAGGACGCACGUCAGCUGUCGAUACGGCAGAGGCGCUGCGUUUUCGCCGACGAGCAGGCUCUGGAGACCUCUGAUAUAUACACUUAUUCCGCCUGUAUGCGGCAGUGCCGCAUGCAGCGGAGCAGAGCCGCAUGCAAGUGUGUGCCCCAUUUCUACCCUAAAAUACCGGGCUACCGACACUGUACAGUACUAGAGCUAGAGUGCAUCGCGAAUCACAUGGCCUCCAUCACAGAUGUAUCCUGGUGCUCCUGCGAGCUGGGCUGCUCACACACAGUGUAUGAAGUGGAGAAACUGACCGAAGUCGAUACGAGCAAAGGCCCGAUGUCAACAACGUCGUUAGAAACGGAAUUCGUAUCUUGGCCCAUGGUGAGGUACAAACGUGAGGUGCUGUUCGGCUGGGUCGACUUGUUGGUAUCGUUCGGCGGCAUCGCCGGUCUCUUCCUCGGCUUCUCUCUGCUGUCUGGGGUUGAACUGAUCUACUUCUUUACUUUACGCGCUUGGUGUGCAGCAGUGAGAGACAGAGACACUCUGAAACGCGAGCGGGCGGAGCGACUCGCUCGCCCGAAGCCACCGUACGACCUUAGCCUAGUGCCAUGGUGGAAGCAACCGCCAGCCCCUCGCAGCGCGCGCCCACUCCUUGUGAAGAGCAAGGACCAGCCACCCCAAUAUUCACCGCCACCUGGUUACACCACUUUCUUACCUUAGGUUUAGAACUAGUCUUAAUUUCUAACCUGCCUUGCUUUUAAUACUAUCAUAAUUAAA